AUGGGUCUGUUUUCGAGACGAACUGAUGGCGCAGCCACCAAUGGCCACAACUCUACGCCGGUGCCGAAGAGUCAUGGACGUGAUCGGACCAGAACCAAGCGCGAGCCUUUCGACGUUGACUCGGGUCACUUAAACCGUCGACCGAGCUUUGGACAAUGGCUCAAGUUCACCUGGCUCGACAUCUUGACUAUGGCUGCUAUGGGCGCAGUCGGCCUUGGAGUCUACGAAGCGAAACCAGCACCGAGCCGUUCAUUCCCGGUCACCUUUCAGGACGGAGAGAUCGUCUACCCUGAAUUUGCCUAUCCCCUGCGCCACGAGAUCGUCCCAAUCUGGGCCGCCGCCCUGAUGGCCGCCUUGAUCCCCAUCUUCAUCAUCCUGUGCAUGCAGGUCCGCAUUCGAUCCUUCUGGGACGCCAACAACGCCAUUCUCGGUCUCCUCUAUUCCCUCAUCGCCGCGGCUGUCUUUCAGGUAUUCGUCAAAUGGCUUAUCGGUGGUCUCCGUCCGCAUUUCUUGAGCGUCUGCGACCCAGACCCGGCAUUGAUUUCCCUUGGCGGGUCGGGUUUCCGAAACGUCAUGUUUCAACGCAACGUCUGUCGGGGAAAUGUUGACAAGAUUGAUGAUUCUCUGGAAUCGAUGCCAUCAGGUCACAGCACAGCGGCGUGGGCUGGUUUCUUCUACCUUUACCUCUACCUCAAUGCCAAGUUGAAGGUCUUCAGCAACUACCACCCGGCGUUCUGGAAACUAAUUGCAAUCUACGCCCCUCUUCUCGGAGCCACGCUCAUUACCGGUGCGUUGACCAUCGAUGAGUUUCACAAUUGGUACGACUGCUUAGCCGGUGCCAUUAUCGGCACGGUCUUUGCGCUCUCCGCUUAUCGUAUGCUCUACGCGUCUGUUUGGGACUUCCGCUUCAACCAUAUCCCUCUGACUCGACACACUCCCUUCUCCUACGGAGCUGGUGCUGCGGGGGCGGGAGGAUUUGAGUCGGCGGUUUUUACAAGACGGGCAGGAUGGGGUUACGAAGAAGCAUAUGGAGGAGCCCCGUUUGAUGCCGCUCACGGUUUGAGAGGGCAGGCGACUGGCUUUAAUACUGGUGCUGGUCCCCAUGGUGUCGAAAGUAGAAAUCACGAUGUCGAACACAACGCUGGUUUCGCGCCAACAAACGGCGUCACAGGCGGAUAUACGAACGGUACAACACACUCUCACGGAGCACCGGUGGGUGAGCCAGCUCCAGCAGCAGCUUCGGAUGGACGUUACCAUCCUAGGAGGAGCAUUGAGCGAAAGGCCGUCCCAAUCUGA